AUGGCUGCUGUUGUUGUUGGUUGUGGUUCUGCUUCAAUUUCUUGGGUUCAAUUGAAGGAUUCUUCAUCAAAGAGGAAUGUGAAGAAUAGAUUUAGGGUUUCAUGCGUUUCAUCUUCUGCUGUUAGUGAUCCGUAUAACACUCUCAGGAUUCAUCCUGGUGCCUCUGCAUCUGAGGUCAAGAAAGCAUUUCGACAGCUUGCUCUUCAGUAUCAUCCAGAUGUCUGCAGAGGAAGCAAUUGUGGCAUCCAAUUUCACCAAAUUAAUGAAGCCUAUAAUAUUGUAAUGAGUAAUUUGAGAGGGGAAUUAAGCAAUCCCGAGAUGCAAAUGUACGAGCAAUACGACAUGGCAGGGGACGACGAACAAAUGAGAGGGGUGGACGAUCAAGAUUGGGAUCUCUGGGAAGAAUGGAUGGGAUGGGAAGGAGCAGGAAUACGCGACUACUCAUCCCAUAUAAACCCUUACAUUUGA